UGGCCUUCUCUGCUGCACGGAGCUUGGCGAGGACCUCAGGUGUGCGGUGCUCUGUCUGAGCCUUCUGGUAGAAUUUGACGGCGUUGGCAAGGUCGCCCUGCUUCUCGUAAGCGGUACCAAUGCGAGCAUACGCCCUGCGGGAUGUUAGCAACUGCUUCUGCACAAAGUUGAUUGACGACUUACUUGGCAAUGAUUUUGAAGUCUGCGUAGAUCUCACGACCGUACUCGAUGGCCUGCUGGCAUGCUUCAAUGCAGCCCUGGUAGUCGCCCUUCUCAAACUUGGCAGCGCCCAGGUUUGUCAUGUAGGCAAUGUCCCUGUGUGUUUCCCAUGCCUUUGUGUAGUUUUCGAUCGCCUCAUCAAACUGGCGCUUCUUGUAGAACUCUGUACCCUUCUUCUUCAGCUCAUCGGCCUUGAUCUUGGCCUCCUUAGCUGCCUUCUCCUCCUCUGUCUCCUCAACCUCGGGCUCGGGCUCGGGCUCGGGCUCAGAUUCCUUCCUGGGUUGUGUGGAUGCAGGUCGUGCAUCGGGCAUCUCAACGUCUUCUUGCGCCUCGGUAGCACCAGCGCCAGCACCACCCUGCUCUCCAGGUCCACCAAACUGCAUGUCAAUGCCCAGCAGCACGCUCAUAACCUGCAGGAAACGGGGAUCUUGCAUAAACUCGCCCACCCUGUUGGGAUUGCUCUUCAGCUGCUGCAGCUUCUCCAUGAAGGCAGGGUCUGCGAGGAGAGAGGCCGUCUUGGGGUUGCUGGCCAACUUCUGGAUCAUGUUGGGGUCGUUGAACAUGCCACCGAGCCCAGCUGAUGGGUCACCACCGAGACCAUCUGCCUGGGCCUCCUGCUCAAUGGCACGGCGGACCGCCGCGAGGCCAGACUUGGCUUGAGCAUUGUUGGCGUCGAGCUUGAGAGCCUCGUCGAAAGCAUCUGAAGCGCCUAACAGAUCGCCUGUACCGUGCAGCGCUGUACCCUUGCGUCCCCAGCCUUUCGCCCAGUCCGGCUUGAUCUCUGUGGUCUUGUUCGCGUCCUCCAGGGCCUUUUCCCAGUUCUUCAGCGAGGCAUAUGCACCAGAUCGGUUCGAGUACAGCACGUGGUUUGAGGGAUCGAGCUCAAUAGCUUGGGAGAACUUCUCACUGUGUUGUGUUAGUAUGUGUUGCUGCAGCGAUAUGUAUGGUGGGGCACUUAC